CCUUUAUAACUUUUAAUAUAUUCCAGUGAUGGAAAGUAGCUACAAAUAAAGUCUCUUUUAAAUACAGAAAAAUAAGGUGUCGUCCUUAUACAUUGUACAGUGUGUAUAAUGUCAUGUCGGUGUAUAUACACAAAACUGUACUUCCGUCGCGUACAGCAACGUCACUGUGAAUCAUUGUCAUCGCAAUGCCUCAACUUCCUGUUUUCGAUCCACACACUCUUUAGUGAAUAAUGGCUGAAUUAAACCGACAGCUCCAGGAAUAUUUGGCUCAGUCUAAAAGCGGCGCGAAGACGAUAUCACAGUCCAGUUCCAGCACUGCAAUAGACAUCGAUGAACCCACUUCGGUGCCGGGGACCUGGUUCGGCAGGUGGUCGAGUCCGUUCUCUGGAUCCAGUAGCCGUGGAGCGUCAUCAGGCCAAGGAUCGAGCAGCGGCUUCUCGUGGCCGUGGUCAUCAGAGCCUGACCCGUGUUUGCCGGGCAUGAGUCGAUCCCAGCGACUGAUCGCGUUCGGAACGUGUAUUUUCUUCUCUGCUCUGUGCUUUGGACUGUCUGCACUUUACGCUCCUUUACUGCUACUGAAGGCGCGUAAGUUCGCUCUGCUGUGGUCGCUUGGAUCCGUGUUCGCGCUCCUCGGGGCGGCGAUCCUCCGCGGACCCAGUAAACUCAUUGCAACUCCCACACCGGGAGCCGCGGUGUACCUGUGCUCUCUGGUGGGCACUCUGUAUGCGGCGCUGAACCUUCACAGCACGCUGCUCACAGCUAUUGGAGCCUGUCUUCAGAUCGCUGCUAUUGUGGGUUACAUCGUGGCUUUGUUGCCGGGUGGGAGUGCCGGGAUGAGGUUUGUGGGUGGCAUGGCAGUGUCUGCUAUUAGAAGAACUGUGACCGGUAAGGCCAUGCCUAUAUGAUCAGGCAUUUCACGGACUGGGCAACAGACUUUUUUUUUUUAAAUCAUGGAAGAUACUAUGUUUUCGCACUUUUUUUCUUCUUUUUUUUUUUGAGUGACUGGUCUGGUACUGCCAUGUUUGAUUGUGAAACUCUGGCUGUAGCCUAUACUGAGUUCAACGUGAACAGCAUUCUGUGGAUGGGGAUAUCUAAAUGUUUUGUGACUUGCACUGUGACAGGGUCCAUAUGUAUGACCAAGACAUCAAAUACUACUUACCUUUUAAUGUUUCUGAACUCCUCUUGAAACUUUUUGCAAAUAAACUUAAUAAACAAGCUUA